AAGCCCGCUCCAGCAAUCAUGGUACAUCCCCUCCCUCCAGUUUCUCUUUCCGGAUGGUCUCUGAUCCUGCCAUGAGCGUAUUAAUCUCUUUUCAGCUCAUUCCGCCGGACUGAAAACCCUCCGAGCAGGGCUAUAUAAACCCUCUCCUCUCCCUCCUUUGUCUUCUUCUCUUCUUCCUUUUCUUAUCCUUUUCAUCAGUCAACCCUGCUUCGAUUCAGUCUUCCUCUGCUGCUAUCCCGCAAGUUAUACAUCUUCCUGUCUUACCUUAUAUAUAUCUUAUCCUUUCUUCUGUUUCAUAUACCAUCUCCGUCCAUCACAAUGGCUGCUACCCAGCGUUACCAACCUUCAGCUCUCCCCAUCAAUGUCCCCUCCAAAGCCCCCGCACCAGCUGGUCUCUACCCCAUCGGCCGGGUAACUGGCUCUCCGCCAGAUGUCGACAACACUAGUAUGACGGCUGGUAGUCGAACCUCGGGAGGCUUUGGCUAUAGCUCCGGGAGCGACUAUGAAUCCAGCAACGGAUCGUACUCGGGUGUCGACGUUGUCGAUGUUCUAAAUGACCGCAUGCAAGAGACUUUUGAUCCCACUCCAUUGGAUAGGGGAUUGGUAAAGCAAGCGCAAACCUCCGGCCACCUCAACGCCAAGCAACGAGAACUCAUGGAACUGCAAGCUCUCGCCCAGCGUCGUCUGAAAGGCGCUCGUUUGAACUUCUCAGAGGGCAUCAAAGUCGCCCGCGAGACCAAGCGCGACCUUGAAUGGACCCAGAAGCGUGUGAAUGCCUUGAAGACAAAAGCUGAAGCUGCACACCCGGAAGAAUACAGACGAGCGUCGAAGAAGUACGCCUUCCACGAUGACGACUACUGAGAUUGCAUUCGUUUCGACCAGACUUUUGUAUAUUUCAUUUUUUUCUGUUGGUUUUAUGACGGCGACGAUUUCUCUUUUUCCAGCGUUUUUCAGCACAAAAUCUUGGUUUUUUUUGGGGGAGUAAUUCAGGAUCAUUGGACUGGGUCGUAUUUUGCUCCUUUUUGGUCAUUGUUUAGCAAGGGUAUUGGGUAUAGCGCUUUUUGCUUUUCGAAUCGAAAAAACUCCUCUUUCACCAUCUUCAACAAUGUAGGUCGUCGUCUUAAGCGUGCAAAGGAAACAAACGACGUCCGGUUUAACUCGAUUCAAAUGUCUGGUUCGACCCACGCAGGAACCAGACAUUCACUCGCGCUUAGACUUUAACGGGCGAUCUCC